UCAUGGCGGGGGUCGCGGAGCAGCCGCGCGGCGCGGGACGCAGAUGAGGAAACUGAGGCAGCCAGCGGCUUCGUUAGUGGCUUUCAGGAAGCUUGCCGAGCUGAGCGUGGAUGAGUUCCUCACCUCCGGCUUUGACUCGGAGCUGGACAGUGGGUCAGAGGAGGAGGAAGAGGCGUCUGGGCCCCCCCAGGGGGCCCAGGAUGCAGAGCAGAGCCGGGCAGCUCCGGGGGUACCCAAGAGGAAGCUGACUGCCCAGGAGGGGCUAGCCACAAAGAAGCUAAGGAAGGGUAAGGCGUCCGAACACAAGGACCAGCUCUCGAGGCUGAAGGACAAGGACCCCGAGUUCUACCAAUUCCUCCAGGAAAACGACCAGACGCUCCUGAACUUCGAUGACUCGGACAGCUCCGAGGAUGAGGAGGACGAGAAAUUCCACACGCUCCCAGACGAGCUGGAGGAAGCCAGUGAGGAGGAAGAGGAGGAGGAGAGCCCGCGGAAGAGCCGGUCCAAGCGGACCAAACUGACCCUCAGGAUGGUGGAGCAGUGGAAGCGGUCGGCCAAGGACCUCUCCCCUCGUCUCUUCCACGAGAUCCUGCAGGCCUUCCGGGCCGCCGUCUCCACCACCUACGAGGACGAGGGCGGCAAAGAGCCCAGCAAGUUCUGGAUUGCAGACAGUGCGGUGUUCAACGCUGUCAUCACCUUCUGCAUUCGUGACCUCUUCCCCUGCCUGCAGAAGCUGCUACAGCUGAAGCCGCCCAAGGACAGAACCAAGCUGGUGCAGCCGUCCAGCAGCCCUCUCUGGACAAAACUGCGUCUCGAUGUCAAGUCCUACCUCAACUCCGUCAUCCAGCUGGUGUCCUGCCUGACUGAGGCGUCAGUGGCCACUGCUGUCCUUCAGCACAUCAAUACCAUCAUCCCUUAUUAUCUGACCUUCCCCAAGCAGUGCCGGGUGCUGCUCAAGAGGAUGGUCGUGCUCUGGAGCACGGGGGAGGAGACGGUGCGGGUGCUGGCCUUCCUCGUCAUCAACAAAGUCUGCCGCCACAAGAAGGACCCCUUCCUGAGCCCCAUUCUCAAGCAAAUGUACAUCUCCUAUGUGAAGAACUCCAAAUUCACGUCCCCCAACGCCCUCCCCAUGAUCAACUUCAUGCAGCGCACGCUGACGGAAAUGUGUGCGCUGGACACCGGCCUUGCCUAUCAGCACGCCUUCCUCUAUGUCCGCCAGCUUGCCAUCCACCUGCGCAACGCCAUGACCAUGAAUAAGAAGGAGACCUACCAGUCCGUUUACAACUGGCAGUACGUCCACUGCCUCCACCUGUGGUGCCGUGUGCUGAGCACCAUCCACCCCAGCGAGGUCCUGGAGCCGCUCAUCUACCCGCUGACCCAGGUCAUCAUCGGCUGCAUCAAGCUGGUCCCCACGGCCCGUUUUUACCCCCUGCGGAUGCACUGUGUGCGGGCCCUGACCCUACUCUCGGAGAGUACUGGCACCUUCAUCCCCGUCCUGCCCUUCAUCCUGGAGAUUUUCCACCAAGUUGACUUCAACAAGAAGCCUGGACGUAUGAGUGCCAAGCCCAUCAACUUUGCUGUAAUUCUAAAACUGUCAAAUGUCAACCUGCAGGAGAAGGCCUACCGGGAUGGACUUGUGGAGCAGCUGUAUGACCUGAGUCUGGAGUAUCUGCACAGCCAGGCCUGCGCCAUCGGCUUCCCGGAGCUGGCCUUGCCCGCCAUCAUCCAGUUCAAAUCCUUCCUGAAGGAUUGCAAGGUGGCCAACUACUGUAAGCAGAUCCGCCAGUUACUGGAGAAGAUACAGGAGAAUGUCUCAUACAUCUCCAGCCGGCGGCAAAAGGCCGCCUUCGGUGUGUCCAACCAGCAAGCUGUGGAUGCCUGGGAGAAGCAGGUGCGGGCCGAGGGCACGCCGCUCACCAGGUACUACAGCUACUGGAAGAAGCUGAGAGAUAAGGAGAUCCUUUUGGAGAUCAGCGGCAAAGAGAGGCUGGAAGAGCUGAACUUCCCCGAGGUCAAGCGACGGAAACCGGAGGACAGGAAAGAGGAGGACAGAAAAGAAUUCAGGGACCUCUUCGACCUGGACACAGACUCGGAUGAGGAGGGUGAAGGCCUCUCGGUGAAAGGAAAGGCUGGUUCCAAGAAAGGCCGGGGUGAGGACAGUGACGGCGUUAGUGACAGCCUGGACGAGUCUUCUGGACUGAGCGGGGACAGUGAGGACCAAGAGGGUGGUGAUGAUGACGAGGACAGCGGCGGCGACUCCGAGGGCCGAGAAGCCCCGAAGCUGCCCCCGGCUGAGCUGGAGAGACUGGCCCAGGGGGAGGCCGACGUGGUGGAGGAGCUGCAGCUCUCAGAUGAAGACUGAGGCCUCUGCCUGCGCCCUGCCUGGUGUUCGCAAGGGAGGCUCAGAGAGGGAGGUUCAGAUGUCAGGCUUUUAUUGGUUUGUUCUUUACAGUAUAAAGAAGCUUAAAUGUA